AUGACCUCUUUUAUCCUCCCGCCGCGGCACAGCCCAAACACCACAGGCUCCCGUAAGCGGAGCGCCUACUGCUCCAUCCUGACGCACCUCGUCCGCGCCGCGGCCGAUGCCCACGAGGCGCUGGACCUGUUCGGCGCGCUCGUACGUGGUGAGGCCUCGCACGGCAUGGCCAGUUUCGACCCGCACGUCGGGGAGUCGGCGUGCCACCUGCGGGCGACGAUGAUGUGGGAAGUGCACCGCGCAUGGAGGCGGCAAUGCCUCGUGAUAACAGCCGCAGCAGCCAAUAGCACGGCAGCGCCCCUUGACUGGGUUGACGCCGCGGCUGCUCAUUUUGACUUGCUGCGAAGAAAUGCUGAGAUCAUGUGCGCAAAGUUGAGUAUAGAUCGGGUCAGCCCUGGCGUGGUUGGCCUCGGACAUAGAGAGGACUCGCCCGGGAACCCUCGUGAGAGCUAUCGCGGAGAGUGCGUGUAG